UGUUGUUGUUGGUUAAUGGUGAUGUGUAUCACGUUUUGUUCGGCAAAUUUUCGUGAAUCAUUUGCGAAAAUAAAAUGGAUCCUUUAAAUUAUACCUUAUACAUUAAUGGCUUCAUGUCGAUAUUGGCAUAUUUUGCUGUCAAAAAUAUUAUACCCAAAAUGAGCUCAAUGUUUAUCGAGGCGCAUUUGUUUGGCAAUGAUCUGUGUAAGAAAGAUCAAACCAAAAAAAUUCCAGAAUCUCAAGGUGUAAUUGGUGGAUGCGUCUAUCUAAUCAUUUUAUUCUGUUUUAUACCGAUACAAUUCAGUCAAUAUAAAUCAUCAUCGGCAAUCAAUCCUCAUCUAUCAUUUAUCGAUCAUCAUUUGUUUGUUCAAUUUUUAGCCGGUUUAUUAUCAAUAUGUUGUAUGCUGUUUCUUGGGUUUGCCGAUGAUGUUCUAAAUCUUCGAUGGCGUAUUAAAUUAUUGCUACCAACAUUGGCCAGUUUACCGUUGUUAUUGGUCUAUGCAUUAACCUAUGAUAAUACAACGAUUAUAGUGCCAAAACCAUUACGUUCAUUAUUGGGUUUCAGCAUCGAUCUGAAUCUGGUUUACUAUGUCUAUCUAUCAUUGUUGGCCGUAUUCUGUACGAAUGCCAUCAAUAUAUUGGCCGGUAUCAAUGGCUUGGAAACUGGACAAAGUCUACUGAUUUGUCUUUCGAUCAUCGUUUACAACUGUGUGGAACUUGUUCGUCAAACCGAUCAUUAUCAUUCGCAUGUUUUUUCGCUGAAUAUGAUGUUGCCAUUUUUGGCCGUAACUAGCGCUCUGUUUCACCAUAAUUGGUAUCCAGCCAGGAUAUUCGUUGGCGAUACAUUCUGUUAUUUUGCCGGAAUGACAUUUGCCGUCGUCGGUAUCCUAGGACAUUUCAGCAAAACAAUGUUACUAUUUUUCCUGCCGCAAAUAUUCAAUUUUCUUUAUUCAUGUCCGCAAUUGUUUCAUUUUCUGCCAUGUCCACGACAUCGAUUACCCAAAUACAAUCAACGAACCGAUCUUAUGGAACCAAGUACAUUCAUCAUUCCAAACGAUAUUGGUGGCCUUGCUAAACUAAUGCUGAAAACAUUAUCGCUGUUAAGGUUAAUCGAAUUGCGUGAACCACCCAAAUCAACUAAUCAACAAUGUUCAAAUCUAACGCUAAUCAAUCUCAUGUUGGUAUUAUUCGGACCUAUGCAUGAAUCAAAACUAACCCGAUUACUAUUGAUUGUACAAUUUUGCGCCACUUUGAUCGCAUUCUUUAUACGUUAUGGAUUAAGUGAAAUAUUUUAUUAAUGUGAUUCAAUAAAAAUAUAUUUUAUUUAUCUA